AGUGCUUUGAGUAAAGGGGUACUAGAUUCCAGUCAUUCUUUGUCGACAUCCUCAAUCAAUACACGGAGUCCUCUGGGACAACACCUAUCACACUUUGUUGCGACCACCUCCAUGGAUAACGCUCUCCUCUCCCCUGCCAAGGCACGACAGGCUGCCAUUCAAGCCAAGGAUUGGGCCUACGUGAACUCCUGGCUAAGUCGGCAGUAUGCGCCCAAUCCAGUGCCCAGAUUUGAACGGAACGACGACACUCUCCGGACCCUGCUUGCAUUGGCUGCCGCCAACGACUCGGCAGAUGAGGAGGCAACGCUACUCCAUGAUGCACGCGAGGAAGCGGUUCGGGCAUUCAAAGCCUGGGAACAGGACCAGGACAAGCAGAAACUCGAGAUCCUGGACGAGAUAGAGCUCUCGCUCGAUGGGAGUGGCAAGCAGAAUCUUGAUGAUUUGGCGGAAACGACUGCAGUACUGGGAGCAGUGAGCACCGACGCAGUAGACCUCGGCCAGUCGAUCAUGGACCUCACGACGGAGGAGUUCGACGUGCAGCAGCAGAUGUCUAAAGUAGAAGCGCUACAGAACUAUCUCGAGAAGGAGCUUACUACUCUGCGGGCACAAUUGGAUGAUCUCAAGACUAAUGAAGCGUUUGAGAUCCCCCCGGAUCUUCCACCAUUGACGGCCGAGUGGACGAGGAAUACCAAGUUACUUAAUGCAAAGGCUAGGGAGUAUCAGGACAAGAUCGCUUCUUUAAAGAGAAGCAGAAGCAAGGAACCACGGCUGGAAGAUGUCAUAGCCAAGGAGGCGGCUGUGAUCAAGCUCAUCAAAGCAGUCGAAAGCCUAGAGACCAAAGUCGCUAUGUUCCAGGAUCUGCCGAAUGAUGUAUCAGGAGCUCGGGCAAAGUGCAAAGAAUUAGAGCGAGAACUUAAGGAGCUCACUCCGUAA